UCGAUAACAAACUUGAAGAAAAUGGAAUGAACAUUUCGAAAUGACUAGCAAACAAACUAACUGUCAAUUUCGCGAAGAGUUGACUGAUAUAAAUUGGAAAUGCCAGUCAUGUGAUUUAAAUCUUUGUGAUAUAUGCAAUACAAAAAUUCAUACAAAAAGUGAAAAAUUAUCUAAACACAAUGUUGUACUUUUACAAAACGUAGAAAAUGUUGAAGAAUUGGAGAAACAAGGAAAAUUGGACUUGACGGAGAUUGCAUGUAUGAAACAUAUGGAUCAGAAAUUUGAAAGAUACUGCAUAAAUUGCGAUAAACCUUUAUGCUCGUCUUGUUUAAUCCGGCCAUUUCAGUAUGAAGAAUUAAAAAAAGUAUACGAAGAAAAGUGCAUUUUACUCGAAGAUUUAAAACGUAAAAUUGACGAAUGUUAUCCAUUUUUUGAAAAGAAAGCAGCCAAAUUCCGAAAAAUGGAUGAUGGUGAGGUUACAAAACACAACGAUAUAAAAGAGAAAAUUUGUAAUAGGAAAAGUGUAAUAAAAGAUGCAGUAACAAAGGAAUCAUUAAACCUCAUAGGCGUUAUGGAAGGUAUAUGGGAUACGGAAAAAAAUCCAUUACUAACAGAACGCGAAAGACUUUCACAGAUAGAGCAAGAAUUAAAGACGAGAAAGAAUACACUUCACGAAGUAUUAGAAAAAAAAGAUCCAGCUUCAGUUUUCUCUACUGUAGAACAAAUAAGAAGAGACAUACCAAAAAUAUUAUAUUCGAAAAUACAGCCUCCAGAGCUCGUUUACCUUGAACCAAAAGAGAAAAAUAUGAAAGAAGUCUUGGGAUCAGUAAUAAGGAUACCUGAAAUAUCUUUAAUUCACACAUUUGACGUGCUUUUCUGCGAGAUAAGUGGACUAGUGUCUCUUACGGAUGAUAUUUGUGUUAUGUAUAGUAAUAAAUGUAGCCAGUUUAAGUAUUUCACAAUAUCAGGUUCCAAAUUCGUAACCACAAAAGACAUAGUAGAUGCAGAUAGAAAAGGUACACAUAAUUUCGAAAAGGUUUCAGAUAUAACAAACUAUAAUGGAGAAAUAUUAUUGUCAGACAUGAGACUCCUAAACAAUACUGGCACAUUUGAAAAAUUAUCACUACCAUUCAUACGCGAUAAACUGAGAUGUACUGGUAUUCAUUCUUCUAAAUAUAAUGAAGUCAUCGUAGGUUUUACUAAUUAUUGGGGAUCUGCUGGAAUUCUUGAACUAUCUAAUAUCGGUUGUAGAUACGGCAUACGCGAGAAAAUGAGACGAGUUGAAUGCGAUACUAAAAGUGACAAAGUAUUAUUCGAUUGUCCAGAAAAAAUAGCUACAAAUAUCAAUGGGUAUAUUUGUGUGAUAGACCGCAUAAAUUCAGAAAAAGCAAGAGUGGUAGUAAUUGGAAAAUGGGGGAAACCAAAAUGGACAUACACCGGUCAUCCAAGUAUCAAUUCAGAAUCUGAUUUUUUUCCUAAUGACAUUAUCACAUCAUUGUCAGGUCUGGUUCUAGUGGCAGAGAAAGACAAAAAUGCAAUUCAUGUCCUAUCUAAGGAAGGGCAAUUCAUUUGCAAUUGUAUUUCAGACAGUGAGAUCACUGAUCCAGUUAGUAUAUGUUUUGACAAAAAGGGACAGUUAAUGAUAGGGUGUUCAUAUUCUGGAAAAACCAGAUUGCACAUAGUGAAAUUCACCGAUUGAGAUCGUAAUAUGCUAGUAGCUAACUCAUCAAAGGUGUGUGUGUGUGUGUGUGUGUGUGUGUGUGUGUGUGAGUAAUUUUUGUAAUAAUAAAAUUAAACUGUUUCAUUUAA